GGGCUGCCACCGGUUACCGCGAUGGCGCUGAAAAUGGUCAAGGGCAACCUGGAGCGGAUGUUCGACAAAAACCUCACCGAUCUGGUGCGCGGCAUUCGGAACAACAAAGAUAACGAGGCCCGGUACAUCGCGCAGUGCAUCGAAGAGAUCAAGCAGGAGCUGCGACAGGACAAUAUCAACGUGAAGAGCAACGCGGUCGCGAAGCUGACCUACCUGCAGAUGUGCGGCUACGACAUCUCGUGGGCCGGCUUCAACAUCAUCGAGGUGAUGAGCUCGAACCGGUUCACGUGCAAGCGGAUCGGGUACCUCGCCGCGAGCCAAUGCUUUCAUCCGGACAGCGAGCUGCUGAUGCUGACGACGAACAUGAUCCGGAAGGAUCUCAGCUCGACAAACCAGUACGAUGCCGGCGUGGCGCUGUCCGGCUUGAGUUGCUUCAUCUCGGCGGAUUUGUCGCGGGAUCUCGCGAACGACAUCAUGACGCUGAUGAGCUCCACGAAGCCGUACCUGCGCAUGAAGGCUGUCCUGAUGAUGUACAAAGUGUUCCUGCGAUACCCGGAAGCGCUCCGGCCGGCGUUCCCGAAGCUGAAGGAGAAGCUGGAGGAUCCGGAUCCGAGUGUCCAGUCGGCGGCGGUUAACGUGAUCUGCGAGCUGGCACGGAAGAACCCCAAAAACUACCUUUCGUUGGCGCCUAUCUUCUUUAAGCUUAUGACCACGUCCACCAACAACUGGAUGUUGAUCAAGAUCAUCAAGCUGUUUGGUGCUUUAACUCCGCUAGAACCCCGAUUAGGCAAAAAGCUAAUUGAACCGUUGACCAAUUUAAUCCAUAGCACCUCGGCUAUGAGUCUGCUGUACGAAUGCAUCAACACCGUGAUCGCGGUGCUAAUCAGCAUCAGCAGCGGCAUGCCUAACCAUAGCGCUUCCAUACAGCUGUGCGUGCAGAAGCUGCGCAUCCUGAUCGAGGAUUCAGAUCAGAACCUGAAAUACCUCGGUCUGUUAGCGAUGUCGAAGAUCCUGAAGACGCACCCGAAGAGCGUGCAGACACACAAGGACCUGAUUCUGGCGUGUCUGGACGAUAAGGACGAAUCGAUUCGGCUGCGAGCGCUCGAUCUGCUGUACGGUAUGGUCUCGAAGAAGAACCUGAUGGAGAUCGUACGCCGCCUGCUCGGGCAUAUGGAACGAGCUGAGGGUUCGUCGUAUCGUGAUGAGCUACUUUACAAAGUGAUUGAGAUCUGCUCACAGGGCUCGUACCAGUACGUGACCAACUUCGAGUGGUACCUCACGGUGUUGGUUGAGUUGAUUCUGCUCGAAUCGGGCUCACGACACGGUCGGUUGAUUGCGGCCCAGCUGCUGGAUGUGGCGAUCCGUGUCCAAGCCGUGCGGGUGUUUGCCGUUAACGAAAUGGCGUCCCUGUUGGAGACAUACCCGGUGACGGCUUCCCCAAAUGGUACGAUGCAGGAGGUGUUGUAUGCGGCCGCCUGGAUCGUGGGUGAGUUCGCUGCCCAUUUGGAUGGCCCCGAGCGGACACUCGGCGUGCUGCUGCAACCAAAACCGGUCGCAGGCCACAUCCAGGCGGUGUACGUGCAGAACGCGUUGAAGCUGUUCGCCUACCUGAUCGGGGAAGCCGUUGGCCAGCGGGACGCACCCGCCAUCGAUCGGCAUUGUCAGGGGUUACACGCGGGGUUGCGCGGGUUCCUCAGUUCCGCCGAUAUCGAGGUGCAGGAACGGGCCAGCUCCGUGUUCUUCCUGGUGCAGCUGCUCAGGGACUCGUUGGGUGCAGAAUCGGACGCAAAACCCGACGGUGGGUUGGUCGAACUCACGCCGGAUGUUUCCGGCUCGCUACCGGGUGAAGGUGAACCAGAUACGGAACCCGGCAAUACCGCUUCCGCUACGUCAGGUGCGUACGCCCGUGUCGCGUGGGAUGAAAUCGAGCAGAUUGCGGCUGACAUGAAGGAGCUGUUUGCGUGCGAGCUGAACCCGGUUGCACCGAAAGCACAGCGGAAGGUGCAGCUACCGGAAGAGCUCGAUCUGGAUGAGUGGAUUAACCAACCGCCACCAUCCGCUUCGGGGAGCAGUGCCGAUGGGUCGAGUGAUGACGAUAAGUUUCCGCUCUUUUUGGCUUCCGAAUCCGGUGGCCGAGGUGGCACUGGUGAACGGGAGACGAAUGGUGGCGGUGGUGGUGGAGGAGGCUCGCGAUCGUACAAGCGGAUCGAGUACACGCAGGAAGAGCUCGAUAAGAUGCGAAAAGCGCGCUUGCUGGAGCAAACGAACAAUCCCAAUUAUCUGAAACCGGCCAAAACGAAGACAUCGACCGGAAACGCCGAGUAUCACCAACCAGCUGGUUCACUCGAUGGUUACGACGACAUUCCGAUUGCCGAGAUAGCGCUCGAGGUACCGCUGCAGAUACAUUCCACGAAACGCUCCGAUAAGUAUCUCCUGGACACCGACCGAUCUGGGCGGGUGUUCGUCGCGAAGGGAACUGGCCGUAAGGGGAAGGGCGAAAAAGGUGGCAAGAAAUCGAAACGUCACGGCAAGAAAAGCAAGCGAUACUCGGAAGAGUCUGAUUCGGAAAGCGAUGAUCCAAAACCACUGCACGUGGUGAACACGGUGAUUGAGUUGCCUGAGGGUGCGAUUUUGUCGGAUACCGAGGACAAGAACAACGCCGACCCGAAUGAUCCCCACCGGGCGCUGGAUAUCGAUCUGGAUGCCCCGAUGGAGGACAGCUACCGUGGGGAAAUGAAGCGAAAACCUGUAGCUAGCGCGGGUUUGGCCACUCGCGAGGAUCCGGUCACUCAAGCACCGACUUCCGGUGCGUUGGUGGAAGCUCCCCAGCAUCGUCGGCACCAUCACCGGACGGAGAAACACUCGAAGGGUGAAACCCGCCCGGAUGUGCCGCUCGGCGAGGACAAACCGAAGCGAAAGAAGACGUCCAAGAGUGGCAAGAAGCACACACCGAAGCGAGAACAGGGCGGAGACGACGCCAUGAUGCUUUUGAUCGACGAACCAAGCCCGCAGAAGGGCACUGGAGGCGGUCACGCGAAGGAAGGACCGUCGGGUGGUGGAGAUCCCGCACCCGGCGAGAACGAAACUGCCAGUGGCCAACAUCCGGAUGAUCAGCAGCAGAAGAGGAAGAAGCACAGCAAGAAAUCGAAGCACCACCAUCGAAGCAGCCGCGCACCCGAGGACACACCCAAGCACGGUUACGAGGAGGUCCUGGCGCAGUGGGGCACCAAGGAUGCGAUGAUUUAAUGUUGCCUUCAUGCGCGUGCGUGCGUGUGUGUGCGUUUGCUGCCGGGAUUCGUGCUCUGGAAUAUGGCGUGCGUCCAGUCGAGUGUGUGUCUGUGUAUUUGUGUGCGUGUACGUGUGUGUGUAUAGGGGGGGAAUGAGCCCGACGAACAAAACCUAACCUCACAACCCGGCGCGCACAGAAGGAUAAUACUCUCCAGGCUCUUCCCGUGCCCGGGGUUCGUUAUUGUUAUGCUGCGGCUUAGGCAGACCACAACGGUGGUAAGAGAGAGAUAGAGGGAGAGAGCGAGAAAGAGAGAGAGAGAGAGAGAUAGGGAAAGGCAACCAAAAUCCCCCCCUCCCCCCCUCUUUAUCGGGUGCUGUAAUUUCAUAACCUAAAUUAGUACGUUUUUUAUGUUUCUCGCUGUUGAUCUGUCGCUAACUUCCGGUUGGCAACCAAAUUAGUUUAAACAAAACAAGACACACACACGCAAUAGCCCCCAAGCAUACUUAUUAACUAAUAUUAUUGCCAUUAUUGUCUGUAUAACUAUCGGUCAUAUAAAUAUUCCUUCCAUCUCUAUCGGUUGUGCGUGAUUGUUAUUUAUUCGAUUCGGUCCUAUCCCCUUUCGAAGGGCUGCAUAUGCUGCGGUAGGAUUGAGUGUGUCCAUCAUCUCCAAACGGGUCCUUUUGCGAGGGUGCGUUCUGUUUUGCGGCAGAAUCAAAAUUCGUUUCUGGAUGCAAUCGUAAGAGCAUGAGCAAAAAACGCUGGCACUCGAACAUUUUAUGCAGGCAAUGCUUCGUUUUAGACGGGAACGAAAUUACGAAACACAACGGCAAAUGGAAUGGAAGCUUUCGCAAUAAGAGAUAAGAAGGCCCGCAACGUGACCGCGGCGUUCGUUUAUGCUUGCGGUUGCAGUGGUUCGUUGCUGCGCAGGAAAACCCGAGGGGCGUUUUGCAAAAGAAAAAAACUAAAAUAAACUCGUAUCAAAACCUCCAUCGAUCCAAGUGUGGCGGGUGCUCUGUUUGAUGCAUUUUUCACUGCCCUCCGGGGGGGCAUUAAUGCGACCCCACAUCCGCUUAAAUGUAUCUUCAAGAAAGUUAAUAAAGCGUCUUUACGCGAGGCGAACGUGUUCUUGUGCGAAUAACCGCGUGAAGCAACCGCACGCCCUUUUGUCCAUUCGAAG